GCCAAACAUGGCGGUUGCAACGAAUUCUUUUGAUAGUUGGCUUAGCAAGAAGUUAGAGGCUUUAAAUACUGACGAAGGUGUAUUUGGAUCAUACAUCAAAGGAAUUUUGGAAGGUGACGAAACGGAUGAUGAGAAGACCGAAGCCCUUGAAAGCAUACUCGCGGGGAUAACGGAUGAUAAUAUUAGUAAACAUGUGACGGAAAUCUUGAAAGUCUGGGCCGAAUGCUUACCUGUUGAAGAAGUUACUGGUCCAAAAGUACCAGUGGAAGAUGUAGAUGUUAGAUUAGUACGAAUGUUGGAAUCUCAGUCUCUCCCGACUACAACGCAAAGAAGUUACACAGAAGAAGAGAAAAGAUUUAAAGAAGCAAUUCUUGCUCAAUAUAGUCAAAUGUCAGAGGAUGAGAAGAGUGAAGGAGAUGGAGAAGAGGAUGGUGCAAGUGGAAGAGAUUGUGGAAUCGAAAAGAAUACAAAUGCAGCUACAAUAAUACAACAGGAAAGAGAAAAGAGGGAAAAAGCUAAAUUAGAAAGUCAAAGGAAAAAAGAGAAAGAUAAAGAAGAUCGAGAAAAACAAAAACAGUUAAGAGAAGAAAAAAAGGAAAAACGAAAAACACAAAAAGGAGAACGAAGAAGGUAGCAUUGGG